AUGAAUGUUAAUAAAAUAUUGGAUACAGAUUGCCCUGGUACUGGUAGUGAAGAUGCGGGGAAAGCCUCAGCUUGUGCCGGCUGCCCGAACCAGAAUAUUUGUGCUUCAGGUGUAGCAGCUGGUCCUGAUCCAGCAAUUGAAUUAAUAAAAAGUCGUCUUUCCAAUGUCAAACAUAAGAUUUUGGUUCUCUCCGGCAAGGGGGGUGUCGGAAAAAGUACUGUCACAUCACUUCUGGGACACAUGCUGGCCAAACAGAACCCUAAUAUGAACGUGGGUAUCUUAGACGCGGACAUCUGUGGUCCGAGCCAGCCGCGCGUGCUCGGCGUCCGAGGAGAACAAGUACACAACUCAGGCUCCGGCUGGUCGCCUGUUUAUGUUACAGACAAUCUCUCGCUGAUGUCCAUCGGUUUCCUACUGGGCAGUCCGGAUGACGCGGUUAUAUGGAGAGGGCCCAAGAAAAAUGGUAUGAUCAAGCAGUUCCUGAGUGAAGUAGACUGGGGAGACCUGGAUUACUUGCUCAUCGACACGCCACCAGGUACGUCAGACGAGCAUCUAUCGUUGGUGCAGUACCUAAGUGAGGGAGCUCAAUGUAUUGUGGUCAGCACACCUCAGGAGCUGUCCUUACUGGACGUGAGGAAGGAGCUCGCCUUCUGUAAGAAAGUUGGUCUACCGAUACUUGGAGUGAUCGAGAACAUGGCUCUGUUCGUGUGUCCUAACUGUCAGGCUCAGAGUGAAAUCUUCCCGGCGUCGACGGGCGGCUCGAGUCAGAUGUGUUCGGAGCUGGGCGUGAGGCUGCUGGGCGCUCUGCCCCUCGAGCCGCUGCUGGCGCGCGCCGCUGACCGGGGAGAAGACUUCAUAGCGGACCGACCCACAUCGCCCGCCGUUAGUGCGCUCACUGAAAUAGUCAAGAAAAUUACGGCGGCCUGUGAACCUUAA